AGUUUUCCCUAAGGGAGAGCCCCUCUCUCUCUCCCGUCUUCUUUUAGUUCUUCUGCAAGUUCGUUCCUGCAAAGAGAGCGUGGAUGGCUUUCUCUCCCACGCUGGAAAUCUUCGAGCUGAGCAAUGGCACCCUCCAAAUGAAGGUCUCAAACUGGGGGGCUACCAUCACUUCGCUCCUCGUGCCCGAUUCGAAAGGCAAUAUGGCUGAUGUGGUUCUUGGAUUCGAUUCCCUGGAGCCUUAUAUUAAUGGUUCUUCACCAUACUUCGGUUGCAUUGUGGGAAGAGUCGCAAACCGGAUCAAGGAAGGAAAGUUCACUCUCGACGGGAAUCACUAUAGUCUGCCCAUCAACAAUCCUCCAAACAGUCUUCAUGGAGGAGAAAAGGGUUUUGAUAAAGUAGUAUGGGAGGUGGUCGAACAGAAAUCAGGUGAUGAACCCUCCAUUACAUUCAAAUAUUAUAGUCAAGAUGGCGAGCAAGGCUACCCUGGCGAUCUCAUUGUAAGUGCCAAAUACACACUUGUUGGGAAGACAACAUUGAGGCUGGAUAUGGAAGCAGUUCCACAAAACAAAGCUACUCCAGUAAAUUUAGCUCAGCAUACUUAUUGGAACUUAGCUGGUCAUAAUUCGGGAGACAUUUUGGGCCACCAUGUUCAGAUAUUGUCAUCUCAUAUAACUCCAGUAGAUGAGUAUACAGUCCCCACAGGUGAGAUCAUGCCGGUUGAAGGUUCUCCUUUUGAUUUGAGGGAUGAGAAAAAGAUUGGGAGUGUAAUCAGUCAGGUUCCUGGUGGUUAUGAUGUUAAUUAUGUGCUUGACUGUGGUGAAGAGAAGUCUGGCUUGAAGCAUGCUGCUAAAGUCAAAGACCCAUUGAGCUCAAGGGUGCUCAACAUAUGGACCAGCGCUCCAGGUGUUCAGUUUUACACGGGAAAUUAUGUUAAUGGAGUUGUUGGUAAGGGUGGUUAUGUUUAUCAAAAGCAUGCUGGACUGUGUUUGGAGACGCAAGGAUUUCCAAAUGCCAUAAACCAGCCGAACUUCCCAUCUGUUGUGGUCAAGCCUGGAGAGAAGUACAAUCACUCUAUGCUGUUUGAGUUUUCAGUGGAACAACAGCUGUAGGUGGCAUCAACGAUGUGUUAAAACUUGCUAUCUUGUUUAGCAAUAUUCUCUUUUUCUCAUGUUCUGUUGGCUAUUUUCUUUUCCUUGUGGUCGUACUACUUUACCGUGGCAUGUAUCUAGCUUAAUGCUACUGGAAAUAAAUAUAGCGAAAUAAUGGCUUUUUCAUUUUUCUUUGAA